AUGUCCUUGAACCACGCCGUCGCAUCCGGAUUGCGAUGCAACGGCUGCCGCUAUGCAGUCAUCCGAUCUUUUGCCUCCAUUUCGGGGGUCAAUCUACCACUCCGAGACCACUCGACGUCGUGCAUCUCAACAGCAUCUCUAGGUCAACGCAGGACCUUUAGGGCCACUCCGACACAUAAUUUCCCACGCAAGACCCGAAAGUCAACAUCCAACGACCCUUUUAACGAGGAAGAUGGGUUGGUGGAAGGAGCAAAUGGACCUGCGCCCGAGGGUCAAGAGCCCGUCCCAAUCGCAUGGCAUCUGCACGAGGCACCGAGCACCCAUCAAAUGCCGCCAGCGGAUCUCCGCGAGGAUGUUAUAGAGAAGAAAGAAGUUACAGAAGAGGAGGAGCUAGCUUCGCUUUUAGAAGCGCAUUCGCAGCCAGCGCAGCCAGUGGAUCCCAACGUACCUUGGUAUCUCCAAGUUCAAAGGCCUCGCGACGCAUUCGACGAAUCCCAACCCCUAGCACACCGACAGCGCAUUCCUGAGCUCCCCAAAAACCCUCCUCCUAUGCUUGAAGAAAUCUUGCAGCGAAUCUCCGUAGACCUCGGUCUCGAUGACCUAAAUCUUCUCGACCUCCGCCACCUCGAUCCACCACCAGCUCUGGGUUCCAAGCUUAUCAUGAUCGUUGGAACCGCGCGUAGUGAGAAGCAUCUUCACGUAUCUGCCGACCGAUUCAGUCGCUGGUUGAGGAGCACACACAAGUUGAAGCCCCAUGCUGCGGGGUUAUUAGGGAGGAACGAGCUGAAGCUUAAGCUCAGGAGGAAGGCGCGUCGUAUGCGCCUCUUGGCCAAUGUGGGAGGACAAGAGAUGGAUGAUAAAAACAUUGACGAUGGGAUACGAACUGGAUGGGUUUGUGUCACGGUCGGAAGAGUGCAGGCUUCGGAGGCUGAAGAACCUGAGCUACCAAGAGAAGGGUUCAUUGGAUUUGGGCGGAGAACAGACGGUGUCAACAUUGUUGUGCAGAUGUUUACUGAAGAGAAGAGACAAGAGAUCGAUUUGGAGGGUCUAUGGGAAAGAAUACUGCGACGAGCGGACAGGGAUCAAGGAAGUGAACUGGAGCAAGAAGUGGAACAGAACUCACAGGAAUCGUCGCCGUCACAGAUUGUGGACGCACUUUCGGAGACCGAUUCCAGAUCGUCAUUACCCAGAGUGUCAAAUUCACAAUCAGCUCAACAAGUUCGGCGGUUGCACACCGUUGGCAUCAGCCCCCACUCCACCGCCCAUGGUUUCUCGAUCUUCGGGAUGACUUCGAUUCAGCCACCGCACGCAUUUGUAAGACGACCUCAAUCCACAGAUGCUAGUACCAAGGUUCUAAUUGAACCUACCGAAACUCAACCAGAUGACCUCAAGGGGUUACAGUAUCUCCUCAAAGAAUUAAAAGCUAUGCCCGUUCAAACCGCAUACGAGGCACUCGGAGCCGGGCUUAGCGACAAGACAUCUACCACAUUUCUGCGCGAUUUCCAUGAGCUCAUACCGGACUUCGGACGUGAAUUAUACCAUUUUGAGGCCUGGAUGGAUAUGGUCGUAUGCGCUGUCCAGAUCGAAGUUCCAGGGUACAAUAUUGCGGAUAGUGAUUUGCUUCUAGACGAAAUUGCUCUUUCUGGUCUCACACCUUCUGAACGCAUUUACAAGACGAUCCUUGAAUUGCGACUUCAAGAUAUCAGCGUCCGAAGUUCACAGAAUAUACCGUCCAUGCCUCAACUAGAGCGUUGUAUACAAAUCCUCCAAGAAAUGGAGGCCCUAGAUUACAAAACACUCACCCCUGAACUUAUGCUCUCCUUCCAUAAGCACCUCCUGGUUGAGCCUUCUCAAACGUCAGAUGUUGACUCAGUUUCGGAUGUACAAGACAAGACACCAACGUUAGCCACGCAACUACAAGCGCAAAGAACAGAGCUCCGCAACUUCAUCGCGAUCCACGAUCUGGAACCUAUGGACGCAGACAUCUACCUCGAUCUCCUCCGUAGAUAUGGCUCCAUACGGGACUGGGUUGGCUUCCAUGACAUCUGGCAUCUCCUGGCUCGGCUGCAGAUUCCCCGGUCGGCGGAACACUACAUCACCGCUCUGAAUCUUAUCACCGAGGCAGCGGAUCGAGAUAUGGCGCAAGAGGCGUUGAGGACCAUGACGCCGGAUAUGGUCACUGAGCGACCCCCAGUAGACUGUGUCGGCGAUUUAGCGAGAGCGAUGUACGCCUGUGUUCGGGUUGCGGAACCGCGGGUGGACGAGGAGGAGGUGGAACCUGGUAUUGUAGAUGCGGAGUGGAGACGGCUGAGGGAUUGGUGUCGAAGAGGGCUAGCUGAGUAGCUGGAAGUCUACUAUUACAUAUUGUCCGAUGGGGUCAACAUGGUGGAAUGUAUAUUUUGGAGAAAGAGACUGUAUCAUAUGUGUGUAUCGCGGUUGUAAGAUCAACUUCAUGUAUCAUGCCAUCUUCUCAAAAGCGUUUUGUACACAACCGCCCAUCAAGCCGUUCCUGUCUUCGCGUUUUCUAGCCUCUCGUGUCUAUCACUUCCUCUGAACUCCCUUCUCGAACCAAUAAUGCUCGCAUCAUCUCUCCCUCAUCCACGCCCUCCAACAUCUUCCACACGACCACGAUAGCCUGUAUACUUGAGUGAUGUGCCGGUGGCAAACAUAAGGAGGGUCGGAAUCCGGACAGUGGAAAAUUCGAGCCGGUGCGGGUUCGCAGCGGCAGCAGUAGGUUACUCUGUGG